CAUCACACUCACCGAGAGACGGAACUGUACUAACUGCUGUCCAGGUGACAAUGAACAACACAUCUUGUCCUCGGGUCAACUUUGACUUUGAGCACAGAUUCCUGCCUCCUGUUUACAUGUUAGUAUUCAUCAUUGGUCUGGCAGCUAAUGGAUGGGGGCUGAAGUCUUUGCUGCACAACUGGAAGAAACUAAAGAUCAUCAAUGUGUUUGUUCUCAACCUUGGACUCGCUGAUAUUUUGUACCUCCUCACACUCCCGUUUUUGGUGGUGUACUACUUCAUGAAGAGUCACUGGAUCUUUGGAGAUACAUUCUGCAAGGUAACAAGAUUCUGCUUCAACCUGAAUUUAUAUGGCAGCAUUGGGUUCCUUACCUGUAUAAGUGUGUACAGGUACCUGGCCAUUGUCCAUCCAGUGAGAGUGAUGGGAAGAAUAACUGUCACCCACUCUGUGACUAUCUCAGUCAUGGUUUGGCUGUUGGUGAGUGUUCAAAGUCUUCCAGACAUGUUUUACCCCAAAACAUUUGGAAACAGCACUGGAAAAUGUUACCAUACCACCCGUAAGGUUCAUGUUGAGGAUUACCUGAAAUACAGCCUUGGAUGGACACUCACUGGGUUUUGUAUCCCGUUCCUCAUCACCCUGGGCUGCUAUGGACACAUGUCUGUAGUUUUAUGGACAAUGAAGAGAACUGACAAGGUACAGAAACAGAGAAGUCUGAAGUUGUUGUUCAUCUUGAUUCUUCUCUUCUCUGUUUGUUACAUCCCCUAUCAUGUACUCAAAAACCUCAACCUCUGGUCAAGAGUUCUGUCCAAACAGCGGAUGUGUCGAGGAUGGUCGAAUCGAGUCUACAUUGCUCAUCAGAUAAGUCGUGGGCUUGUGUGUCUGAACAGUGCUCUCAACCCUCUGGUUUACCUCCACGGAAAUGAAAAUAUUCCUGCUCAGCUCAGACAACUUUUCCAGCGAGCUCGUCAGAUGUUCAACAGUUUAUCAAACGCUGGCCGUGUGCCGGUGGCACAAGCUGCCGGUGAAAUUUAACACAAGUGAACAUGUUUCAAGGUAAUUUUGUGAAAUUCAGAAUUCUGUCAAUGCCCCACAAUCUUUCCUUGGAAGAAUUAUGAAAUCAUGUAAGAUACAUCAUAUAUUAUGUUGUCUUGAUAAUAAUUGCAUCAUUUGUCCUCAUGUUUAUUUUUAAUCAUGAUUAUAUAAGAACAAAAAAAUUAAUUGUCUCCAAUCAUGUGGUUUUUACAUUUGUGACUUUUACAGUCACAGGCAUUUUAGUAUACAACUAAUGAUAACUAAUUAGCAGGGAGGAGACUAAAAAACAGAACUUUUUAAAACUAAUUCAUGAAUCACUGUGCAAGACAGCACAGAAUGGUACUCAUAAUUUUAACAUUUUAACGUUAUUACAGGGUUAGAAUUUCAUUCGCUUUCCCACUGCUGUUCAUGUAAGUCCUGUAUGUUGUCCCUGUUGUUAUUCCAUAGUUUCUCUAACACUGUAAAUUACUGGUAUGUUUUAUCUUACUCUUAUCAACAGCAUCAAUCAUGUUUUAAUCAUUAUAUUAAUCUAUUCAUUCUUGGGCUUGUAUGUGGACUUCUUUAUCCCUAUCAAACUUCCAAUGAGACAUCUACAGGAAACCCAAACUAAAGCAAUGAUCAGAAGACCAAAUGCUACAAGGACUGCCAUCACAUCUAGACUGUGGUAAGCAUACCACGGCAACUGGUAGGACUCAGUGCGCAGAUGUGCUGCGCCCUUGUGCCUCAUGACGUACUCUAUCCAGAAAAUGGCAGUGUCCAGGGGUUUCAUAGGUUUGUCAUGAUGAAGCUGUGACAGUUUGAGCAUAUUCUGUUUGUGUGGCUUUUCUGGGUCUAGAAUAUUCUUCAGAGCAUUUGUCAGGGCCUCAACAUCUAUUGUUGUCACGUCAACAAACUCAGCCGCCCCCCGGCUCUUCAUACGGACCAUGUUGUCGUACUGGUCAAAGAUGAGAGGAAUGCCCAGAACUGGGACACCGUGGUAGAUGGCCUCGUAAAUCCCAUUAGUACCCCCAUGGGUGACAAAAACCUUGGUUUUUGGGUGACCUAGAAUAUCAUUUUGAGGCAGCCAAUCAACCAGCUUGGUGUUGUUUCCCAGAGUGAUGGGCCUCUUCCCAAUGUGUCUCCACACAACCUUUUGAGGGAGGUUGGCAAAUGCUGAUGCGAUGAUCUCUGAUAUCUCGGGGCCGAGGUCGCCUAGCAGGGUCCCCAGAGUCAUGACGACUACACCAUGUUCACCAGAACUGUGUACAAAGUCCUCUAAAUCUGACGGAAGAGGUUUGGACGGCUUACCCUGGAAGCCUCCAAUGUAGACGACGUUGGGCAUGGUUGGACGAGGGAACUCGAAUGUAAAGUCAACCCGCAUUAGCCAGAGAUCAGCUCCCUGGAUGAGAGACAUGGUGCUGACAUCAGAUCCAAAAUAAUGAUCACACACAGCCUGAUAAGGCGGAUUUGAGACAUAGUAGUACAUGUAAACCAAAAUGCUGUGACGGAUUAUAUUAUCAAGUCUUUGGAAAAAGUCCAUCUUGUCAGAGUUCUCAGAGAACAACUGAGGCACGUAGGACAAAGGAGAAGGGGCGAUGGCAAAGUGUGCCUCUCCGUUGAAAAGCCAGCGUACAUUGAAAACCAUGGGAAGCUGGAGAUAGUGUGCCAACAGCACUCCACCUGGAAAUGCAGGGUCAGUCAAAUAAAGAUCAUAUCCAGUUUCCUUCAGCUCAUGAAUUAGUGUCUUAUUCUCAAAGAUGGUGGUGACCAGUUUUGCCACAGCUACCUGGUUCUCCCUCAUGAGGUUGAAAAGGUUCCUAUAAAAAUCCACAAACGCCCAUGGUGAGCCUUUAUUCCGACGGAUCUCUAUUGACCGCUUCAAAAAUGAGGUCAUGAAGUCCUGGCUCUCAAUGUUUUGUGAGUGCUCCUGGGUGAUGGUGAUGGAGGUGUAAUGAGGUGAAAAUUCAGAAACAUACCAGCUGGUGGAGGUACGUAUUACUGUCGUUUGAUGGCCCUGAGAAUGAAGCAUCUCCACCAGGAUUUUCAUGUUCAGCCAGUGACUCCCAUCUAUAGGGAAAACCAGCACUUUUCCAGCAUCACCACUGAAGGACAGAGUUGCUGAAAACAGCAGGAUGAACGCCAGCGCUGGAUAUGACCCCAUCACUGUAGAGGAGACACAGAACUUACUGAACAAGCGUUUGCAGUUCACACAUUCCUCCAGGUGCAGAAGAAGAAUCUCCCAUAUUAUCAUCUUUAAAAGCUGUCACAUUGUCUCAUUGUCUCAAUGUGUUAGCAAACAGUUGCCCAAAAGACAUGGAGGUCACAUGAUCCCAUUUAAGGUGUGACAGACUGUGUUCCCACAUCAUUUAUUUCUCACAUAUCUCUAAGAAAAGGGAAGACACCCACAGCCUACUGCUAACGCUCAGAGACGCCAGUUAAAGCAAUAAGAAGAAGCAAUGCCUGUAAUUAACUCAAGGUGUCAUGGGGUCAGGAACACGGGGGAAACAUUGUAGCAAUGAGUAUUUAGUUUUUUAGAUGGUAAGCUAUAACGAUUCACUAACUCUGUAAAAGAAAAAUUAAUUUAAAAAGUGAAAAAAGUUUGGCCACUCCUGGUUUAUACUGUACAUAU